ACGAGCAUAACCAUGGCAUCUGCAAGCAGCUCUGCACAGGCCGCCUUCGGGCUGGGCCGGAGGAAGAAGAACCCCGGCCUCCUGGAUCAGAUUGGAAAGUUCUUUGGAGGGGACAAGAAGAGGAAGAGCAAGGGAUCUUUCCGAGGGGCUCUCUCUCCAGGCCCUCAGAAAGCCUCUGCGACUUCCCCACGUAAGCGUGGAGCAGAAAACGCUGUGGUCCAUUUCUUCCGCACAAUUGUGUCCCCUGCCCCUCCUAAGUCUAGGUGGAGAGGACUAGCAGCCAAGAUAGGCCUGGGCGACCAGAAGUCACAUUCUGCUAAAGCCAAGAAGGCCAGUGCAGGGGAUGGAAAAGGCACCCUGACUAGGAUCUUCAAAAUGUGAUGAUAUCAGCCGCAGAGGAAGCAGGAGUGCUUCUCCCGCCAAACGCUGAGGUCCCUUUCUACAACCCCUUCCAACAGCACGAGGGCAGAUGUUCAAGAUCAUGGGACUAAAGUGGGGGGAAAAAAAGAGGAAGAAAAGGAGGAAAUCUUGUCACCCCUUAAACUCACCUUCCCUUCCACCUCUGAUAACAUCUUAAUGUCCACUAAAACCCUCAUGUCCUCUAUUACUGCCCCCACCCCUUUGGCUGGUAGAUAGCGACACAAUCUGUUGCCCCUCCCUGCAUGCUUUGUGCUGAGUCUGUGCACCCAUCAUCACUGGUGUGAACCGCUUGCUGCAAUUGAUCCUGAAGCCGCUCACUUGUGCAGCCUGCCAGGGCUCUCUAUACUUGUGCUUGAGUUUCUCUGGACGUCUUUGAUGGUUUCUCUAACAAAAAGGGGGGCUAAACUGAAGCAGACCCGGAGCAGUCAAAGGUUACAGCCGGUGCAAGUCUGACUGACCUGACCGCUUGCUGAUUGGGUGAAAAGACCGGGUUGUUUCUGUUUUAGUAAAGAAUGGUUUUCUGUCUUGUCAAACCGUCUUUGUCAUUCCCUCAAUCCUCAAACAUAAACCUGUGCUAAAGUUCUGUUCUGCUAAAGAUUUUUUAACAUACCAGUGCAUGUUUUCAUUCAACCCUUGUUUCUUUGCCAUAAUUAAGUGUCUUGUCAUCGAUGUGAUGUUCAUCUAUGUUUGUCAUUAUUGCCUUAGGAUGGCUCGGGAUUUUGUGGCAAAAAAUGUAAUUUCUAAACCUUCUAAAUAAAUUUGAUGCAAUAGCCAUUGGAAAAAAAAGAUUAGAUGAAUUAGUCAUUUCUAAUGUAUCGUUUCCUUUUCAAUCCAUGGGAUAAUGGCAUACACUAAUCACCUCCUAUGUAUUACAGAACUAAAUUGUUUCACAGUGAACUGUUUUCCACCUUAAAAACCCUCCAGACCCUGAAUCGGAAGCGUGAUGAUGCCAGAUUCAGAGCUUUUCUCUCUGCUUUAGUGUAGUCUAGUUCUCUUCUUUCUUUGUUUCUAUUCUAUGUACAGCACACAUACUGUAAAUUCACAAAAAAAAAACACAAUAAGUACCUUCCCUAAUGACUACCAAAACAAUGUGCUGUUUCCUUCUUGUGGAUAAUUUAAAAACACAAAACACAAUUUCAAAAAGGUGCUCUGUGACUAACUCUGCGGACGUUUUCCAGGAAAAAAAAAAGGGUCAACUUAAGAAAAGCUCAGCACUACCACUCGUGCUGUUGAAAACAUCCAAAUGUGUUGAAAAACCGGUGUGUGCGACCUGUAGCAUUCAUCCUUCCCACUGUUUGUGCGUGCUUGAGCCUCAUGAGUGCUGCGUGGUGUGUUUCUGAAUGGAUCCUGUGGAUGAAUGUAAAGAUCCUCUUCAUUAUUGUCUGUGUAAUAAAACAUGACCAGCCACUUAACUGAGAAUAAAACAUAAAAAUUA